AUGCAAUUCCUCAUCCUCGCCUUCGCUGCCCUCGUAGCCGCUACUCCAGCCCAUCUCCGGACUAAGCGUGGUCCUCACCAAGUUUGCCCUUCCCUCGACACGCCUCAAUGUYGCCAACUCGACGCGGAUGGCAUUCUUGCCUUGACAUGCUCAGCUCCAACUGCUGAAGUCCACACUGCUGCUGGACUCGAGAAGAAUUGCGCUAAAUCUGGGCUUUCGGCUUACUGCUGCACUCUUCCUCUUGAUGGUGAUGCUCUUCUCUGCUCUGCUCCUUGA